AUGCUCACCGCGCCGCAGAAGGCGCAGAUCAAGAGCGCCCUGCCCUCGUCGGCAUACAAGAUCCUCGCCGCCACGCCCGCGCGCGUCUACGCCUCGACGGGCGACGAGUGGCGCUGGAUCGGCAUCGAGGGCGCCCUCGUGCUGGCACAGAAGAAGGGCCGCGGGCCGGGCUUCGAGAUCGUCGACCUCAAGGGCACACGUGGCGUGCUCUGGUCGCAUGAGAUCUACGAGCCGUUCGCGUACCACCAGGACCGCGCGUUCUUCCACACCUUCCAGGGCGAUGACUGCCUCAUCGGCUUCAAUUUUGCCGACGAGAGCGAGGCGGGCGAGAUGCACAAGAAGGUGAUGGGCCGCGCCAAGUAUGCGAAAGCGAGCAAGAGCUCGUCGACGAAGAAGAAGGCCAAGGCGAGCGGCAGCGGCGGCAGCGUCAAGGUGACCAAGUCGAUGAUCUCCGCGCCGUCCAACUUCACCCACGUCGCGCACAUGGGCUACACGGCCGAGAGCGGCUUCAGCUCGACGAACGUGGACCCGUCGUGGGCGUCGCUGCUGGACAAGCUGGGCGCCAUGGGCGUGUCGCGCGCCGACAUCGAGAAGAACGAGGGCUUCAUUAAGGACUUUGUCGGGCGCCGCGGUGGCCCGCCGGCGCAGCAAAAGGCCAAGAAGGUGCCGCCGCCAGCGCCGACACGCGGGCCCAACACGGGCGCUCGCAAGCAACCGCCGCCGCCGCCCGCUCCUCGUGGCGCUCGCGUGCCGCCGCCGAGCAUGCCGGCCGCUGCGCCGCCUGCCGCCGCAGGUGCUCCUCCUCCGCCUCCGCCGCCUCCGCCGCCAGCACGAGGAGGCGGCUCUGCUGCUGCACCACCGCCGCCGCCGCCACCGCCUCCGCCCGCUCGAGGCGGCGGCGGCGCAGCAGCACCUCCUCCGCCACCGCCUCCUCCGCCAGGGCGCCCGCCCGCUGCAGGUGGAGCGCCGCCGCCGCCUCCACCACCACCUCCGCCCGCCGGUGGUGCGCCGGUUGCGCCGCCAGCACCGCCGCAACCUGGCCGCGCCAAUCUGCUGGCGUCGAUCCAGGGCCAGUCGGUGACUAAGCUGCGCCGCACCGAGGGCGUUCCGCCGCCGGCCGCUCUUGCUGCGGCCGGCACGGCGACGAUGGGCGUCGGUGCUGCUGCGGGUGUGGGUGCCGCUGCAGCAUCCGGAGGUGGAGAGGAGGAGAGCAACGGCGCAGGCGGCGGCGACCUGGCGAGCGCUCUGGCGGCGGCUCUCAGUGCGCGCAAGGACAACAUGGGCGACAGCGACGACGAGGAGAGCGACGACGACUGGUGAUGCGUCUCAGCCUUCCGUCCUCUGUACUUACCAUGCAGCCGCCUGUCACCUCUGCUCUUUACCCGUUCGCGAAUCAUGCAUGUCGCUUGCACGCCAGUGUCUGGCACGCCAAUGCAGAAGUCACGCAUCAGAGCUUCACGGCAUUAGACUCGAAUGUGGAGCAGCAGUCGAGAGCAAGAGGGGUCGAGAGCGACGUGGUGAGAGCGAAAGUGUGACGAGACAGGCGAGAGCGAUUGGUG